GUCAUCGCCGCCACCGUGAAAGCCAGUCUUCUCCUCUUCAUCAUGCGCCUGUUCCCCACCCGAUUCGUCCACCUCGUCGGUCGCUGUCUGCUGGGCGUCAUCGCCGCCUUCACCCUCUCCGGCACCCUGGCGCUGGUCUUCCAAUGCCGGCCCGUGCAGGCGGCGUACGAUAAAACCCUCACCCACGCCACCUGCUACACCCCGGAGACCUCCUACGCGAUUCUCAUGAUGCAGGGCGUCGUUAUGUUCGUGCUGGACGUGAUCAUCUUGAUCCUGCCCAUGAGACCCAUCUGGCAACUGCAGAUGCCCAUGAAGAAGCGGUUGUUGGUGAUUGGGCUGUUGUGCAUUGGUGUGCCUUACCCCUUUGCGGAUCUUAUACCCUGAGGCUAAAUGAUGGACGUGUAGGUUUCACUGCAUGCGUAGCGGCACUCGUGCGUUUCUCCACCCUCAAAUUCGCCAACGACACGACAAACUUCACCUGUAUGUGUCAUCCCCCCCCUCCCCCCUUCCCCCUCCCUGCUCUAAGAAGACCGCUGACAUGUCAGAUUCCGCAUCCAUGUCCCUGAUUUGGAUGGAAAUCGAGUUCAACCUCGGCCUCAUGUCCGGAUCAUUGUCCUCUCUGCGCAAGUUGUGGAGGCUCCGCUCCCUGAUUUCGAAGAGCCAAGACAGCCGGCACGGCGACUCAAGGCAGUCCGCGGCCUUCGACCUGGUUCCGCGGAGCUGGGGCCACCGCGGGAUCACGAAGAAGAC